AUGCGGUUGCAAUCCUUAUUAUCGCAGGCGAUCCUGCUUGUUUCAGCCCUGCAACACGGAGCAGCGGCAGCUUCAUGGACCUUUACAGAUGGCACUGUCAGUGUCGCGGCCAAAGGCGCAGGAGUCGGAGGUGGCCUCAAGGAGACGCUCGCACCGUCUAAACCUCUCACCUCCUCUGUGAAGCUGGGCGCCGCGGACACGCUGAAGGUGGUCUUGACCACACAGGAGGGGAAGUUGGCCAAACGGCCACACCAAGCAUUCCUGCUCCUGCAAGAUUCACACGGCAAACUUGACGUCUCGUUUCCCUUCAGUGUCAAAGAGUCGGGGAAGGCAAAGGUCGAACUGACACACAAGGACCUCCCGCUCCAGUUCCUACGCUCCUCAACCCCCCUGAGCGCGAGCAUCAUCAUUGCCUCAUUUGGCACGUCGGAAGGGUACAACGGCAAGGCAUUCCCCCUGACAAUCGAGCUCGACCCAAACGUCCCCAUUCCGGCAGCAGAGACACCCCUACGCUACGGCAAACUGUCGGAGAUACACCAUGUUUUUCGGCCUGACCCGAAGAGUCCGAAUAUUGUAAUCACUCUGGUUUUCUUGGGUGCGGUACUGGCUACACUGCCAGCCUUGCUUGGGGCUUGGCUUUACAUCGGCGGCAACAUCAACCAUCUCGGCAAAGCACUCUCCGACGCACCAAUCUCGCACACACUUUUCCUUGGCUCGGUUGUGGGCAUCGAAGGUGUUUUCUUUCUUUAUUACACCAUCUGGAACCUAUUCAAAACAUUGCCGAUACUGUUGGCAUUGGGAGUUGUUGCAUUCCUUUCCGGAAGUAGGGCCCUCACGGAAGUGCAGGAACGUCGACUGGCCGGAUUGCGGUGA